CCCGCAUGAUGGCACCACAUCAGGUUCCAAGUAAAGGUUGGUUAUACAUACCUAUAUCUGUAAUAGAGAGUAUCUGAACAUUGUGAAUUAGACCAUAUUGACAGAAAAAUGCGUCUGUAAAAUUGAACAGUGUAUAGCUGAUCCUACCAUACGCAUAAAAUAAUCAUACACCAAUUUGAUCUACAAUCAUGAAUUAUACGGAAGACAAUGUUGCUAAUAUAGAAAGGAUAUUAGAAACAAAGAAUUUUUAUGAAAUUUUACAAGUGCCGAAUGAUGCGACAGAUGAUCAGAUAAAAUCUGCUCACAAAAAGCUUGCUCUCCAAGUCCACCCAGAUAAAAAUAAUGCUCCAAGAGCAAAAGAUGCAUUUGUUGUUGUGCGUAAAGCCACAGCAGUUUUGCUGGACAAAAAUAUGAGAAAGGAAUACAACGAAUACCUACAGUCACCUAGAGGAUUCUGCCACGAUAAAUUUGACUUAUCAGAUGAUGCUAUUGACACGAUCCUAGUCACAGCUGGAAUAGCGAGUAUUGUAGGUAUCGCAGCAGGUCUGAUUGCACUGUAUGACUGGUUCACAAAACCCAAGAAGCAAGAAGAACCCAAGUAUGCUAAAUGAGCAAUUAAUCUAAGAAUCUCUUUGCUUUCCAUAAGUUAUUUAGAUAUUUUAAUUUUUUUACAUUGUUCUUAAAUUAUAUCCGUUAAUGUGUGUGCUGGUUAUACAUGUUCGUUAUAACGUAUAUUAAAUAAAAUUUUGUUA